GACGAUGUGAGUGAAACGUAUCUCUCAUGCCUUGAAAUGACGCCGUGACGUCCCCUUUAUCAAUAUGAAUGUCUGCUAAUAAGCUGCGCUCGGAGGCUCCAUUCCAAGUACUGCUCGUUGGCUCGGACUGGACUGUGGACGCAACAGUACAGACACACUCAUCACACAACAACUUGCAACAUGCAGAGCAAGCUGGACAUGGCGGGCAAGAAGCCUCCAAAGGCCUUCAUCCUCCCGGUGGCCACCAUCUGCUUGACCUUCGUGAUUGGACUCCUCUUCAUCGCCAUGCCAUUGGCUGAUGCAGUGAAGGGCGACGGCGACGUGGCCGAGUUGAAGAAGAGUAUUCAUAGGUUGAAUGAAUCUAUGUUUUCGAUGGGUACGACACUACUGGAACGUCUGAAACUCCUGGAAGGCAAAGCAGGAAACAGCCAGAAUCAGACAGGACAGGUGGAGGGGAUGACUGGGGAGUCUCAGGGUCUGACCGGAUAUAUGAAGAAGAUGGUUGAGGAAUUUCAGAAGCAGACAGAACACAUGAAGAAGAUGACCGGCAAGGUGGAGGACAUGACAGGACAGAUGAAGUGGAUAACUCACGAUGCUGUUGAGGAUCUUCUGAUGAAAGCAGGCGGUUGCCCUCUGCCGUGGCUUUACCAUGACAGAGGAUGUUACCUGUUUGUUGACGAGAAGAAGAACUGGAAUGAUGCUAAGAAGUACUGCAUAGCCAAGGGUGGACACUUGGCCUCAGUUCACACCAAAACCACGCAUGACUUCUUCUAUGGAUUGGCUGAAGGACGGGAAACUUGGACAUGGGUUGGGGGCUACAAAGAGGGUGGUGAGUGGAAAUGGGUUGAUGGUUCCACGUUUAAUGUGAAGACGUAUGGAGAGGCAGGCAGCAAGGAUGCUAGAUGGGCACCAGGCGAGCCCAAUAACCUGGGUGGUAAUGAAGGUUGUGUGGAGAUAUGGACUAAAGGCGGACUCAAUGAUUUUUUAUGCUAUUACCAGCAACCAUUUAUUUGUCAGAAGUGAUGGGGCGGUCUCUGCUGUGUGAUCCGGCUGCUCCUUCAAAGACGUCGGUGCUGAAAGAUCACCACUCUGCCUUCAUUUCAGUUGCUUUCAUGAAUCCUGAUCAUAAUCGGCGUCCACGUGAUCCCAAACAACCUGCGAGACACCAAUUUGCAAACUAAAGCGCGUCCUAUUUGCAGUUGAGGAGCUAACACAAGCCAUCACACAGAAAAUGAAUCAUUCACAUUUUUAGUCAACAUUUUGGAGCAGCAUCUGUGUUAGCAUUGAAUCACUUAUUGAAAUUGGCUCAUCUUCAUUUCCCAGCAGCUAAAAUGAUGUACACAGCAAAUAACAAGCUGCUACCUGACAAGACGGGACAAAUAGAAACACACCUAAAACACAUCAGUCAUAAAUAGAAACACACCUAAAACACAACAUCAGUCAUAAAUGUACAAGAAGACAUCGUUGUAAAAUGCCAAAAUAACAAACAACGGCAUUCUAACAAGAAAAGGUUUGCCUUACGACGUUAAAUGAUGUCAUUUUAGUAGCAUUGAAAUUGCAUUUUCCUUAGUAAUUUGGGUUUGGAAUCUGGGAGUCAAAUAUUAGAAGAAAUGAGACAAAUGAUUGAACAAGAAAGUUGAAAUAUUUCUAAAAGCAGUAAGAGUGAAGUUGAUAUGAAUGAUGGCUUUGUCCCCUCUACCACAAAGCUGACAUGCCCUUUCUUGGUGAAAGAGAUACAAGUGGGCAUCUCUGGAGUUGGCAUGUUCUCCCCGUGAAUGCGUGGCUUUUCUUCCAAAAACAUGAGACUAAAUUGUCCACAGGUAUGAAUGUGAGCGUCAAUGCUUGUGAACCCUGCCAUUGGCUGGCCCAGAGUCAGCCGGGAUAGGCUCCGGCACACCCCCGUGACUCUAGUGAAACAUUUAAGAUGUUGUGUGCGCCAACACCACAAACCUUCAGCAUAUCCGUGUCGGGGAUCCAAAACAAGGUAGAUAGGAUAGAUCCAUUUCAAGAAACGGCACUAAUGUGAUUUUCCCAAAGAAUGCUGACAAGUGCUGUGGCGGUGGUUCCAUGUUAUUUGAUAGGAUGAUCAACAGCGUGGAUCCAUCACGGAAUGUCAUCCUUUUCAUUGACUGUAGCUUAGACCCUGCUGUGGAUAUGGGAUGGAUACUUCUUGGCUGGAAUGGGACGUGUGUUGAGUGUAAUGGUGUGAUCCAGUUGUGCACACGCUAGGAUGUCUUUGUGAACAGUUGGUGUACGGGCCGAUGACAAUCAUUUCUUUUCACGUCUAACCACUAAAGAGACUGUUUGCAACCGUUGGGCAGCUGCCUAGGGGGCGCGUUGGAACUUUGGAAGGUGUUGCACGCAUGACAUGGGCACGUAAGCCCGCCCCACGUAACGCACGCACCAGCUAUGUUACACUAAGUUAGCUGCAUUAUUUAUGCAAAUGUUGCUAUAAUUGAAUGUAUAGCCUUUAGCAAGCACAAUUUGUCCAUUUUGAUGCUAAUUGGGACAAGUCUCUAUGCUUUUUGUUAUUGAAAGCACUAUGCUAACAUGCUAGCUGCCGAUUAGUUAACCUUGAGUUGCAAACAGUCCAGUAGGGGUGUCACCAUGCACGAUCUUGGCUUCACCAGGACCAGACCAUAUUUGAACAUGACUUAGAAAACUACAAAGAAAACUUCCAGGGCUUGUUUUUCAGUCCAGUGAUGCAGGAAAUGCCUGCAAGGUUUCCAGUGAGUGGAAUGUUUCUGGCCCACUGCCACUUCCAUAUUAUGCGUGAUCACUGACAGUAGCGAUGCCAUAGUUGAAUCUGAUGGGCUCCUGGCUGCCCUGUUCCUGCCAGACAUGUGCUGACACCCCUAUGACGUGUUUUCA